GCUCUGAGCCGAGACAAUUGCGCUGAGCGGGCGCUGCAGCCGGAGCGGGAGCCCGAGCGGCGCAGCGCGGCGCGGGGGCUGAGCGGGGCUGUUUAGCGCCGCCGGGCGGGAGCCAUGGUCCGCUAGGGCCGGGCUGAGCCCCGCAAUGCCACCGCCGAGUGGCCCCAGCGUCCUAGCGCGGCUGUUGCCGCUGCUGGGGCUACUGCUCGGCGGCGCCUCCCGGGCUCCCGGCAAGUCGCCGCCGGAGUCCCUCAGCCCGCAGGAGGUCCUGAUCAAGGUGCAGGUGUACAUAAGUGGGGAGCUGGUGCCCCUGGCUCGGGCCUCAGUGGACGUGUUUGGGAACCGGACCCUGCUGGCUGCUGGCACCACGGACUCUGAGGGUGUGGCCACAUUGCCUCUCAGUUAUCGCCUGGGUACCUGGGUGCUGGUCACUGCUGCCCGCCCUGGCUUCCUCACCAACUCAGUGCCCUGGCGUGUUGACAAGCUGCCCCUGUAUGCAUCCGUCAGCCUCUACCUGCUCCCUGAGAGGCCAGCCACCCUCAUCCUCUAUGAGGACCUCGUGCACAUCCUCCUGGGCUCUCCCGGUGCCCGCUCCCAGCCCUGGGUACAGUUCCAGUGCCGGCCAGCCUGCCUGCCUGUCAGUUCUACCUACAGCCAGCUCUGGGCCUCGCUCACACCUGCCAGCACCCAACAGGAAAUGCGGGCUUUCCCUGCCUUCCUGGGCACUGAGGCCUCCAGCUCAGGCAAUGGCUCCUGGCUGGAGCUGAUGCCCUUGGCUGCCGUGAGCGUGCACUUGCUGACAGGCAAUGGGACUGAGGUGCCACUCUCGGUCCCCAUUCAUCUGUCCCUGCCCGUGCCCUCAGAGCCUCGUGCCCUUGCUGUAGGCACCAGCAUUCCAGCCUGGAGGUUCGACCCUAGAAGUGGGCUGUGGGUACGAAAUGGCACCGGUGUGAUCCGGAAAGAAGGCCGGCAGCUCUACUGGACCUUCGUCUCCUCCCAGCUGGGGUACUGGGCAGCUGCUAUAGCUUCCCCCAUGACUGGGCUGGUCACCAUCACGUCAGGCAUCCAGGACAUUGGCACCUACCACACCAUCUUCCUGCUCACCAUUCUGGCAGCUCUGGCCUUGCUGGUGCUCAUUCUGCUGUGUCUACUUAUCUACUACUGCCGGAGGCGCUGCUUGAAGCCAAGGCAACAGCAUCGCAAGCUGCAGCUUACCGGACCUUCUGACGGUAACAAACGAGACCAGGCCACUUCCAUGUCCCAGCUCCACCUCAUCUGUGGGGGGCCUCUGGAACCCGCCUCAUCAGGAGACCCUGAGGCUCCACCGCCAGGUCCACUCCACUCGGCUUUUUCCAGCUCCCGAGAUUUGGCCUCCUCCCGGGACGAUUUCUUCCGCGCUAAGCCACGCCCCACCAGCCGACCGGCCGCCGAGCCUCCGGGUGCCCGCGGAGGCGAGGGCGCCGGGCUGAAAGGUGCCCGAUCUCUGGAGGGCCCAAGUGGGCUGGAACCGGGAUUGGAGGAAUACCGGCGGGGGCAGUCCGGAGCUGCAGCCUUUCUGCACGAACCGCCCUCGCCGCCGCCAUCCUUCGACCACUACCUUAGCCACAAGGGGGCGGCCGAGAGCAAGACCCCCGACUUUCUACUGUCCCAGUCGGUGGACCAGCUGGCGCGACCGCCAUCACUCAGCCAAGCAGGGCAGCUCAUCUUCUGUGGCUCCAUCGACCACCUCAAGGACAGUGUCUAUCGCAACGUCAUGCCCACCCUGGUGAUCCCCGCACACUACGUGCGCCUUGGCGGUGAGGCGGGCGCUGCAGGAACUGGAGAGGAGCCCACCACGCUCGAGGGCCCGCCUCCCGGCCCAGCGCGCUCUUUCCCGCAGCCCGACCCCCAGCGCCCGCUGAUGCAGGGCCACUCAGGCGCGGGGUGCGAGGGUGGCAUGGGGGGCGGCGAGGGCUGGGGGAGCGGGCGCUCGGCGCCUGUUAGCGGCUCAGUCACGAUUCCUGUGCUUUUCAACGAGUCCACCAUGGCGCAGCUCAACGGGGAGCUUCAGGCGCUGACCGAGAAGAAGCUGCUUGAACUCGGCGUGAAGCCGCACCCGCGCGCAUGGUUUGUGUCUCUCGAUGGGCGCUCCAACUCGCAGGUGCGCCACUCCUACAUCGACCUGCAGGCGGGCGGAGGGGGCCGCAGCACGGAUGCCAGCCUGGACUCGGGCGUCGACGUGCACGAGGCACGACCUGCACGCCGGAGGCCUCUGCGGGAGGAACGCGCCCCACCGGCCGCCCCGCCGCCACCGCCCGCGCCUCCGCGCCUGGCACUCAGCGAGGACACCGAGCCCAGCAGCAGCGAGAGCCGCACGGGCCUCUGCUCUCCAGAGGACAACUCGCUGACGCCGCUGCUGGACGAGGUGGUGGCUCCCGAGGGCCGGGCGGCCACCGUGCCCCGUGGGCGGGGCCGCAGCCGCGGUGACAGUUCCCGCAGCAGCGCCAGCGAAUUGCGGCGCGACUCUCUCACCAGCCCUGAGGAUGAGCUGGGGGCAGAGGUGGGCGAUGAGGCCGGUGACAAGAAGAGCCCAUGGCAGCGGCGGGAGGAGCGUCCACUUAUGGUGUUCAACGUCAAAUAG